UCGAGUAGUCACGGAAAUAAGUCACACGACCAAAAGUCCCAGCCUAGGUAACGCCUCAAACAGUUUAGAUAUGGAAGAGUCCAGAUUAGCUGUCAUUGCUGUUUCUUGUCGCUAAAGUUUUGGUGUAUAGAAAGAGACCAAGAUCUGGCAUUGUGAUUAAAUAAGUCCUCAAGAAAGAACUACAGCCUUAAGAGCGCGAGAUCUGACAGUUUACUGUAUAAAAGUUAUUUCUACAACGCAGUGGAUCCUUAUUUAAAGUCCUUGAAGAGAAUUAAACAAGCGAAGAUCCACAUAAGAAAAUCUUCAAAAUAAAUUUAAAAGUUUUAAACUCCUAGAAAAAGCAAAUCUCUACCUUACCCAAACAACUCAUCCAAAAAUCAAAACAGUACUAAAACCCAAAUACCUUCAAAAAUCAGUUCCAACUUCUCAAAACACCUCCAAAAGAUCUAAAUCCAACUUUAAAACCAACUACAAAGAGUCAGAGCUAACUAUAAAAUCCCUUAAACAAAUACAUGCUGACAAAUGCUUACAAAGAAGAAACUCAAGUAUUUGAAAUGAUAAGAAGGCAACCGACUACUAUAUUGCAAUCAUGAACACAUUGUUUCAGAAGGAUGAAGCUAAUUUGAAAGGAUUAUUAGACAAACCACAAGUUAUUGGAAAUAAAGUUAUAAGGAAGAUGGGAUAUCAGACCAAGAGAUCUAUGGAAAGCAGACAAAGAUACCUCACUUCCAUAAACCCUUACAACAAAACCCAAUCUAAAACAGCUUCCCUAGUCCAAAAUUUAGACCAAAAACCAAUGAAGGGAGCAAAAGCGUUGUGUUCAGCUUCUAGACAUCCAAAGCAGGCUAAAAAGAAAACUAAAAAGAGCAUAAUUAUUCCAAAAAAUAUAGUAAUUCCUAGUAAGAUGACUUAA